AUGGGUUUGGAAAAACGUACAAUCAAGAUCAUUGUGAUCGUGGCCGUAACAGUUCUUGUGAUUGGUGGUAUCAUCGGCCUUUUACUUGGUCUACUGUUGCCCUACCGUUAUGUUGAGCUGGAGGUGUGGCCGAGAGCGGACGUGUACAACUACGAGCAACCCCUGAUUCAGUUCCGCGCGGCUGACCCCGGCAGUUGGCAACCCUGGUUCGACAAGAUCAACACAUUCCUCCAAGCCUACGAGACGACAGUCCCUGAGGAUCCGCCCCGGGCGCCAUGCUCGAUCCAACGCCACGACCAGCGGCUGACCUCUCCCAACUGCGAACAGUCCCUCAGAGCCUGGAUGCCUUGCACUGCGGACAAGUUUUAUGGGUACAAUUUGGGCAAACCCUGCGUAUUCCUGCGAUUAAAUCAUAUCCACUACUGGGUUCCAGAACCCUACAACAUGACAACUCGCAUGUCUCUUCCGGAUGAUAUGCCUGACAACAUCAAGCGAGCUAUGCAAAUCCUGGCGAACGAACAAAGGAAUCAAAAUUUGCAGCGUCUUCCAAGCACUUUACACGGUGACUACGUGUGGGUGUCCUGCAACGGAGAGUUCAGUUCUGACGUGGAGAACAUCGGGCCGAUCCAGUACAUCCCGGUGCACUCCCCGCCAGGCUUCCCCAUCAACCGGCUGCACACCGCCGACCGCAUCCCUCGCGCUGCUCGCUCUUUGCCAGACCUAAACCCUGCACCUUUGGUGGCGGUAUACUUCGAGAACCCCCAUCGUGGCGUGGUGAUCAACGUGGAAUGUCGGAUCUGGACACGCGAUAUCGUGUACGACCGGUCCAGUCGGGUGGGACGAGCCCGAUUCGAGAUUUUAGUAGAGUAG